AUAUGGCUAAAUUUGUCGCAAGAUUUUCGACGACCUAGCAACAACACCAACCAACGCUUCCUUUUCCUUUUCCAGUCAACGUUGUUUCUGACGGUUCGGCAAAAAUGGCAAAGAGGACCAAGAAGGUCGGAAUCGUCGGCAAGUAUGGAACCAGAUACGGUGCCUCUCUUCGUAAAAUGGCGAAGAAGAUUGAAAUAACCCAGCAUGCUAAAUAUACCUGCACAUUCUGUGGCAAGGAUACAAUGAAACGCACCUGUGUGGGGAUUUGGAAGUGUCGGUCCUGCCGCAAGACUGUUGCCGGUGGCGCCUACGUUUUCAGCACCACAGCUGCUGCUACCGUGAGGAGCUCUGUGCGUCGUCUCCGGGAGACAAGGCAGCAGUAAUGUGUGUAAAUAAAUGCUGAAAAAGAAGA